GUCAUACUUUUUUUUUCAGUUUUUUGACACCUCAUGCGAUUGCACCUUAAGUUGAUAUGAUAAAUGUCAAAUCACAAAUUAUGUAUACUUACGUACGAUACGCUAACAUUUUACGUGAUAUGACACGUGACAGAUUUCCUAAAUAAUAAGCAUAAUUUUGUUAAGAUUUAAGUUGUAUACACCAAAGUUUUACUCAAACAAGUUACAGAAGCGGUUUGACAGUAUGGAGGCUGAUGUUCGUGAAGAUGAAGAGCAAACUGCCAAAUUUCAAGAAAUUAUUGAUUUGCUUAUCGCAGCAGGUUACUUCAGGGCACGAAUAAAAGGCCUGUCAAAUUUUGAUAAGGUCAUUGGUGGCAUGACAUGGUGUAUAGAAUCAUGCAACUUUGAUGUAGAUGUGGAUUUGCUUUUCCAAGAGAAUCUCACAAUAGGUCAAAAGAUUUAUCUGACAGAAAAAAUUGUGGCCAUGCUUCCAAAAAUGAACUGUCCCUACCGCAUAGAACCACAUCAAAUACAAGGUUUAGACUGCAUUCAUAUAUUCCCAGUUAUACAAUGGUUAGUUAAACGUUCUAUGGAGAUGCGGCAGGAAAUGGCAGGAUUUGUAAGAUCAUUUGCGCUAAAUCAAUUUCACAAGAAACAUUUCUUCACUGAAGAUGAUGAAGUCAAAGAAACUGGCAAUAAGAACGUCAUUCGAAAUUUAUGUUUGAUCAAGAAAGCCUACGAGCCACGGCGUUUGUUCAAACAAAAAGAAGGUUUAGUAAAAGAUGAAUCAAGCAGAUUUAUCGGCACAGUAUUGGAGUAUGAAGCACCUUUUGAUACUGUUAAAGAUACAUCUGCGACAUUGACAGAAUCCAAAGAUACUGCAUCAAAACAUGAGUCAAAUAAUGAAACUAAUGAAAAGGAUAAUACCGAACAAAUUACCGCCGCUCUAUCUGUCAUAGAAGAUAAUUCAGGGCGUUUAAGCAUAAAUACAGUUGGAAGUAUUGUUGGUAUACAAGCGCAAGAAAUUGCCAAAGUAGCGGAAAAAUACGCAGCCAUGUCCGCUUCUGCGGAAGAGAACAGUGGCACAACAGACUCAUCGCGCACUUUGAUUGCGUUACAAAAACAAAGAACAACGUUACAGUCUAGGAUCCGCAAGUUAACAAAGGAAAGAGACAGUUUGUCAGAUAAGCUCACAGAGAUAUCGGACAAGAUAAAAGAACAUCGCACAAGAAGAGAAUCUAUCGAGCGCUCGUUCAAAAAGAUUCAGGAAAUCGGAAUCAACGAUAACGACAGCAUUUUCAAACGAUUGGAAGAACUUCUCUCAGUACACGAUGGGCUGAAAGAGCAAGAACAUAAUUUUCGUGAGCACUGCAAAUCGGAUUUAAAUCUUCUGCGAGAUAUGUUACAAGAGAUCGAAGACGGUGCUCCGGUAGAAGAGGAGGAUCGCGUAAAGGAAUAUGAGGAGCAAAAAGAAGCUGUAACACGAGUGCGAUUACAAUUGGCUAAAAAGAACAGAACUAUCGCCACGUUAACUAGACAGUUGGACGAUGUCCCAGGACGGUCCGAACUGACACAAUAUCAACGACGCUUUAUGGAACUCUAUAAUCAAGUUUCGGCCAAGCACAAAGAAACUAAGCAAUAUUAUACGUUAUAUAAUACUCUUGAUGAUACAAAGCUGUAUCUGAGUAAAGAAUUAUCGUUGUUAAAUUCUAUUCAGGAUAAUUAUAACGAUGCUAUGGCAUCGACAAGUGGCAAGGAGCAAUUCCUAAAACAAUUUGAAACAAUUGUGGCAGGAGUGAAACGUAACAAGGCAAUGGUGGAAAAACGAUGCGCAGAUGAGAAGAAUCGUCGGGACGCUCUUAGCCGUCAACUCGUCACUCUUGUCGAACAACAACGUAAAUAUGUUGCGGCGGUCAGACAGCUCACCAUUGAAUGUCGGAGAAAUGAAGCUUUACUGGCUCAACUUCGCGGUUCAUAAUUUUUCACUCAGUUCUAUCACGGCGCUUUGCAGGUGGAAAUUAAAAACAUAUACUAUAUAAAUACAACGGUCGAAAUAUAAAAUUAAAUAUCGUU